AUGUCGCAAUCACCCCUUGAAGUUGAAAUGGGUUCUCCAAUACGCGCGGCGACUCCUAUUGGAUUAGGACGUCAAUAUGAAUCUGACGACGAUGACAGUCUUCACGAAACUACCCCCUUGAAAGGUUAUUGUGCUAUCUCGAAUAGAAGUGAUUCUUUACCAUAUUCAGUUGGUGAAACUGGUGGUAAAAAUCAAGAUAAUUGGACUAUAUUUAAGACCAGGGCAAAAUAUUAUAUCCCAGUUUUGAGUUGGCUUCCUUCUUAUUCUCUUAAUACUUUCUGGAAUGACUUCCUUGCAGGGUUAACUGUAACUGCCAUAUUAUUACCAGCCGGACUGUCGUAUUCGGUGCUUGCCAAAGUACCACCAGUUCACGGUCUAUAUUCAAUUGUAAUUCCUGGUGUAGUGUACUCCUUUCUUGGAACUUCAAGACAAUUAUCUAUUGGUCCUGAAGCGUUGGUAGCAAUGCUUGUUGGUUCUUCGGUAGCUUCACAACAAAAAUACAUUCCUAAUGAUGACACUGUCGCUCCAGUUAUGCUGGCAUCAUUAGUUACAAUGUUUGUCGGUAUUCUAACUUUAUUACUCGGAUUAAUCCGUCUCGGGUUUUUGGACUCAAUUUUAUCUCGACCUUUAUUACGUGGAUUUAUUACUGCUGUGGCUUUCGUGAUUAUAAUUGAACAGCUUAUUGCUAUGCUUGGAUUAACAGAAACAGCAUAUCUGAAUGGAAUCACUCAUGCGACAUCAACAUACGACAAAUUAAUAUUUAUUAUACAAAAUCUAGAAGAAAUGCACCGUUUGACGGCUCUUGUAUCAUUAGGCAGUCUUAUUUUUUUGUUAGCAUCCCGUUUAUUCAAAUCAAAAGCCUCAUCACAAUAUCCUUCAGCUCAAUUUGUCCCAGAAAUACUUAUAUGUGUCGUCAUAUUCACAAUUAUGUGCAAAUACUUUGACUGGGAAUCCGGAAAGCUCGCAAUAUUGGGAGGUAUAAAAGGCAGCGGAUUCCCGAAAUUUUCAAUUCCCAAGAUGCCUACAGUUCCACAAUUCAAGGAUUGCUUCGAGAGCGCUGUUUUAAUUUCAAUCGUUGGCUUUGUUGAAUCGAUUGUGGUCACAAAAACAUAUGCGACAAAGCAUAAUUAUGCUGUCAGUCCUAAUCGAGAAUUGGUGGCGCUCGGUGCUGCGAAUUUAAUCGGCAGCUGCUUCCAAUGCUUUGUGGCGUAUGGUGGAAUGGCAAGGAGCAAGAUCAAUGAUCGUGCUGGAGCAAAAACUCAAUUUUCAGGAUUAGUGACGGCGUUGUUUGUCUUGUUCUGCCUGUUUUUCCUUUUACCUUGUUUUUAUUACCUUCCGCAAGCAGUUCUUGGUGCUAUCGUGUGCGUGGCGGCUUUAUCCUUAUUAUCGGAGACACCACAUGAUUUGAAAUUCAUGUAUGAAAUCAAAGCUUGGAAUGAUAUGGCUUUGCUGAUGUUGACCUUUUUCGUCACAAUUUUCGUUUCCAUUGAAUAUGGCACACUUAUUUCGAUUGCUCUGUCUUUAGUAUUAGUUGUGAAACAUUCAACAUAUCCUAGGAUUACAAUUUUGGGACGCGUAGGAAGGUCUAAUCGGUUCAAACGAAUUAAGAAUUUCCCGCACCAAGCUGCACACAUUGAAGGUGUAUUAGUUGUGAAGAUAGAAGAACCAUUAUAUUUUGCAAAUACUGGUCAACUGAAAGAUCGGCUACGUCGUCUUGAAGAAUUUGGUGAUAUGAGCGUUCACCCUUCGGAAGAAGCGCGAAUGUCACCGGUGAAGAAUGUAAUAUUCGACAUUGAAACUAUGGAAGAUUUAGAUGCAAGUGCUGCCUUCAUUCUGUUCGAAAUUAUUGAAGCUUAUCAGAGACGGAAUGUUAAUGUGUUCUUUGUUAAAUUGCACGAGAAUCAAAGAAAGCUUUUUGAGCGUGCUAAUUUGAUAGAGAAAGUUAGAGAAGAUCAUUUCUUUUGGCGAAUUGCCGAUGCGCUUGAGUACAUUCAUAACAACAAUGUAGAUGAAAAUUUCAUCAACUUGGAAUGA